AUGAGCUCAGAAGAGUUCGAUGUGCGUUAUCUGAUGCUCCUGAACAACUUUCUCGUCAUUCACCGUCUCGGUAUAGGGUCGUUCGGUCAGGCCCUUUUGGCCAAGUAUAAAGAAAAAUCUUCCACGAUGCUUGACCCAGACGUGUCAAAAGUCGGUACCAUGAUGGAGCCCGUGUGUCACUCGGCGUCGCUGCCACACACUAGGCCCCGCACCAACGGGUUGGUCGCCAUCAAAAUGAUGAAGAGCCACCUCAAGCGGCAGUCCGACUACCGCAAAAUCACUGAGGUCAAUUUCAUUCAAAGCAUGCCUUCUCACAUCAACUUGUUGCAGAUCCACCACAUUUUCAUCGACAGCUUGAGCGGGAAGCUUUGCAUCGUCAUGGAAGCCAUGAACCAGAAUCUCUACCUGCUCAUCCAGAAACAUGGCAACAAGCACAUGCCCCCAGAUGUGGUGAAGUCAAUGCUCGCCCAGCUCUUGAACGGCAUUCGUCAUAUCCACUCCCAAGGUUAUUUCCACAGGGACGUGAAGCCGGAGAACAUCUUGGUCACUCCGACAGUGCAGUACUAUGGCGACGCCGACAACGUGCCGAUCGAGAGGAAAAAAGACUUCUACAUGGUCAAGUUGUGUGACUACGGUCUUGCACGUCACUUCAGCAACAAGAAAGACCUCACCCCACUGCGUGACUACACUCAGCCAAUUGACAUCUGGGCCUUCGCAUGUGUGGCCGUGGAGAUUGUCAACUCUCGUCCCUUGUUUCCCGGAGCGAACGAAGCAGAACAGAUCUGGCAUGUUCUCAAGUGUCUCGGUCACCCCACCGACGUUGAUCCCGAUGGCGAAGCCUUUGGUGGGUACUGGGAAGAAGGUAGGCUGCUCGCAGAAAAUCUUGGUCUCUACAUGCCUCAGACGCGUGGCCUGAGCAUGCAAGAGCUCAUUCCUAAACCAGAAUACAGCCUCUUGUGUUCUGCGCUUCGUCCCUGCUUUUUGUGGAACCCUGACUCACGGCCCACUGUGUUUGAUCUCUGCCACCAUCCGUACUUCAAAGGCACUAUCUUAGAAGAGGACCCGCUUCACAUUUUGCUGUCUACUACCGAGUCCUGCAAAACCACUGGUGACAGCCCUGACACCAUCUACUCGACGGUUGGCACAAGCAGGUCGAUGGACAUGCUUCGUGACAUCUUACAGCAGAAAAAUACGGGCUACGAUGUGGUGAGUUUGAGAAAUUCGUACUUGCCAGAGGAUGAGCAGCAUUUGAGCAUGGUAUUUGGAUCAAAAAACACCUCCUUUGAUGCCACUAACAGCUGGGUUUUUGAGCCUGAACAUGACAACGAAGAUGUUCAGAAUGAAUCGGAGAUGCUUCAGGUUUGCCCAUUUGAGGAAUUGAGUUUCGACACCGAUACGUCCUUUUGCCACCGAAUCUCGUGUUGA